CCAGUCUGCCAAAAAACAAUAAAAAUAACAAAAUCAAAUUUGAAUAAAUAAACAUAUUUUAGUGGAAGAAUUCAAUGAAAGUAUAGAUCUAGUAUGGCAGAAUAUGGGAGCUUUAAUAGAAAUACAAAGAAGAAGAAAAGGAAGCAGAAGAAAAAGAAGCAGAAGAAGAGGAAAAAGAAGCAGAAGAAGGAAAAAAGCAGAAGAAGAAAACGAAGCAGAGGAAGAAGCAGAAGAAGAAAAAAAUGAAGAAAAGGAAGCAGAAGAAGAAAAGGAAGCAGAAGAAGAGGAAAAAGAAGUAGAAGAAGCAGCAGCUUCGGCUCUGCCAAUCACAGCAAAGGGGCGUGGCUUAGCAUCUCUGCCUGUGACACCAAACUCAGGGCAUCAAACUCCCACCAUUUUCGAAUGACGUUAGCUAACAUGGGAGCUUCAAGCUAACGAAGCUAACUGUCAACCAAAGGGACAUUUAACAGUUAUACGAGUCGGUUUUAACGUCGCAGGACGACAUGCUGUGACUGAGCGGUGUCCUCCACUACAGCAGCAAUGUUGCCCUCAACCAGCAGCCUGGUCCGGUCUGCUGUCAGGCUGCUGCCGCGGAGAAACUGGAGCCGAGGAUGUGUUUGGUGCCCGUGCAGAAACAUUUCUGUGAAACCAGGAGGUUUGAAACCAAAGACAGUUCCUCCUCGGUACCUGGGCCAGCCCAGCCCCUUCACCCAUCCACAUCUCAUCAAACAUGGUGAGGUGACCCCAGGCUUGAGCCAGACAGAGUACGAGCUCCGCAGACACAGACUGGCCUCACUUAUCGAGGCCCAGUCAGACAGGCUGGGACCCUCUGCCUCCUCCAGCACCCAUGUGGUCAUCGUUUUGUCCCAUCCGACCCGCUACAUGACCAAUGACAUCCCUUAUCCCUUCCACCAGAACCAGGAUUUCCUCUACCUCAGUGGCAUCCUAGAGCCAGACAGUGCCCUGGUUCUUUAUGGAAAAGGGCGACCAGACCAGGCCAUCUUAUUCGUCCCCCGCAGAGACCCAGGCAGAGAACUGUGGGACGGGCCCCGGUCAGGAAAGGACGGGGCGGCUGCUUUGACCGGCAUAGAGAGAGUUCAUAGCACAGAAGAGCUGUGUGUUGUGCUCAAGAGCCUUAAAGGCAAUAUGCUGUGGUACGACAGUUCUAAGCCCGCCCACCCUCGCCUCCACCAGGCUCACGUGAGUCCCGUACUGGAGGCGGGGCCGGUGCCGCACUCUGUCAGGCCCCUCAUACACUCCCUUAGGGCCCUCAAGAGCUCAGCAGAGGUGGCGCUCAUGCAAGAAGCAGGUCACAUCACAGCACAGGCCUUUAAGAGGACGAUGGCCAUGUCUCAAGGAGACAUUGAUGAAGCUGUAAUCUUUGCCAAGUUUGAUUUUGAGAAUCGGAUCCAUGGCGCCAACUUCCUGGCCUACCCCCCUGUUGUUGCUGGAGGGAAUCGAGCCAACACUCUGCACUACAUAAACAACAACCAGAUUAUCAAGGAUGGUGAAAUGGUUCUGCUUGAUGGUGGUUGUGAAUACUUUGGUUACGUCAGUGAUAUCACUCGAACAUGGCCAGUGAAUGGAAAGUUCAGCCCUGCCCAGGCUGAGAUGUACGAGGCCGUCCUGGAGGUCCAGCGCGCCUGUUUGUCUCUGUGCUCCCCGGGCAUCAGUCUGGAUCACAUCUACAGCACCAUGCUGGCUCUGCUGGGACGACAGCUCAGGCGGCUAGGCAUCAUCAAGGCCAGCACCACCGAUGCUGAUGUACUGAAGGCUGCACGGCGGUACUGCCCCCACCAUGUUGGCCAUUACCUGGGCAUGGAUGUCCAUGACACACCUGAGCUGUCCCGCUCACAACCUCUACAGUCAGGAAUGGCCAUCACAAUAGAACCAGGGUUGUACAUCUGCGAGGACAAUGAUCAGGCACCGGAGCGUUUCCGCGGCUUGGGUAUCAGGAUUGAGGAUGACGUGGUGAUCCGAGACAAGGGGGGCCCUCUGAUUCUGUCCUCUGGGGCGCCAAAGACCAUCGCUGAUGUAGAGAAGGCCUGUGCCCAGAGAUAGGGCAGAGAGAGACAGACAAGUCACCAAGUGAGCUGUGGCAUCGAUGGCAGGCAGUGUGCUGUGCUUUUCCAACCGUUUCCACGGUGAUGAUGUCAUCAGGCUCAGGGCCCAGGUACAUGAAUGACAGGUGGGAGCACACUGCAGGACUCUGGUUUAAGCCUCAGCGAGGCCUCAAACAUGUAGAAAUGUGGUGUGGAAGAUCAUAGAUUUUGUGGGUGCUUUUGUUGUCUACCUAAAUGUUUAAAGAAACUGGUUUUAUAUUUGUAGUUUUCAGUGAAUGAUGAUGAAGAGCUCAUCAGCUGUAAGAGGUGGGUUUAGUUGUGUCUGAAGGGGUUAUGGUGUAACGGACAUGUUCUUCCUCAAAAUACAUGUCAGGGCUCCAGCAAAACCACAUGGAGACCAUUCUUGAUCAUGUAUAACACAUCCAUUUUGUGUUGUGAUGGUGCUAUCAGUGGGUUAAUCCAACACUGAACUAUAAAUAAAAACCUAGAAACAUCAGUUAACCUCUUCCAUCAAGUAUUCAGCUGAAGACCCAGUGGUUAGAUCCAGCAACCAUUUUGUUUUUCAGAAUUGCCACCGUCAUGUCACACCAGGACAUAAUUGUUUGCUUCUUGUCUCACUCAGAAAACUGUAAGCCUACAUACACACACACACACACACACUUCCUUUGUCUCUUACACACACAAAAAAGCAGAAGUCUUCCCCAGCUCAAGCUACAGUAAAAAAGAUCAAAACACUAAAUUGUUGAACAUUCACCUACCGAGCUGCAGGAAGGUCAGGGAGACCCGCAGCAUGUCAAAUAAACACACCACCAUGUUAAUACACACAGGUGAUGAAUAAAGAUGUCUCACACAGCUGGUCCUGGUAAGCCUGGAAUGAUGGUAAUGAUUAUACCAAUACACUGAAAAGGCUUAUAAAGUGUACACUGAGAAGGGUGUGUGUGUUACGUGUGUCUCCUCAGCAGAGAAAUAUGAUCUUUUUUAAAGACACUUGUGUUUAUAUGUAUUAAAAAGAUCUCAUUGUCACAUAUUUAAUGCAAAUACAUGAUUUUAUUUCAUA